AGAAAACAAGAAGGUAUCUAAGUGAAGAUACGAGUGAAUCUAGCGACGACGGAAAUAGAAAGAACAAGGAGAACUCGUCAAGAAAGAAGAAGAAACGUAGUCCAGCAAGACCUUCCCAGAAUGCUUCGGUAUCAGCAAAUUUAUCAGACACACAUAUGACAUUGCCACCUGUUCCGAACGGUCUCAACAUCAACACGUUUUUUUCUUCUCAAUCUUCAAAUGAAGUUAGCCACACCAGGCCAAGAAUUGAAUCUACUGAGAACGAAAGAUCCAAUUCCUUUGACGACAGGAAUGGUGUUACGGAUGAGAUUAUGUCCUCUCCUGUUAUACCACGACAGCAGCUAGCCGUAGCUAGAAAAUCAACUCCAUCACCAUCAGCUACCAUAGCUAGGAAAUCAACUCCAUCACCAUCAGCUCCCACCAACCCGGAAGUGGAUGCAAGAAAAAUAGGUGUUAUCUUGCAACGGGUGGAGGCGUUAGCUAGAGGCAUUGAAGUUGUGAAGGCUAAUCAGCGGGAGGUGCUAGACCUACUGACGUUGCUGUUGAAAAACAGUGCUCCACCCCAACCAGAUUUACCUUCCAUUACGGAAUUGUUUCAGCUGCCUAUGAAGACUAUACAGGAUGCGAGGAACUUGACAAAGCUACUGAAAGUUCAACAUAAUGCAUCUAAAAUGAAGACGUUCGUCAUUGGGAUAGGAGGGACUACGAAUUCCAUGGUUGGAAGGGUCAUGAAGUCAAUCAUGACCUACCGGUGUGGCAGUUGUUUCUGUUAUCUAGGCCUGAAUGAAGAUAAAGUGGCUUUCAAGUCAACCACUAUUUGCGAGAUUGUAAUUGAUGGAGUUCGUGAAGCACACAAUUCUUUGACAAGAGAUGCAGUUGAAGCGAAGAUAAAGAACUGGCUACGUCACUGCCCAAGAUAUGCGUCGAAACAAACUGACGAUGGAAGCCAGAGUGGAGAAGACGAGGAACAAGAAGAAACCUACUAA